GGGCUGGGCCGCCGCCGCCUGCUCGCCGCCGCCGCCGUGCCCAGCGCCGCCGCCUGGCUCGCCGUCUACUUCGCCAUCGGCGACAUCGACUCGCUGGAGGGAUCGUUAGCAGACAGCGGUAUGUACUCGACCAAACUGUGGAUUCUGCUGAGCGGACGAGUCCUGCUAGGUGUCGCUAUGGGCGUCGCCACGGUGGUGGCACCCCUGUACUCUGAGGAAAGCUGUGACGUGGCCAUCCGCGGCCGCCUGGGGGUGGCGCAGAACCUGCAGAUCGACGCGGGCAUCCUGCUGGCCUACACGCUCGGCGCUGCGGGGGCGUCGCUGGAGACGCAGACCCUGGUGCCGGUGGCCGUGCCGCUGGUGCAGUUGGUAGCCCUGCUGUGGAUCCCCGAGAGUCCAGCCCACCUGGCCGCGGCGCCGGAGGCCGAGGCGAUGCGCCGGGCGCCCAAGGCGGCGCGAUGGCUGCGGCUGGAGCUGGACCCUCUGGAGCGGCGGAGGCGGGAGACCGAUGCGAGGGGCGGCAAAGAGACGCCUCCACUCAGGGUCAGGUGUCGGGCGCUGCUGAUAGUCGUGGGGCUGAUGACGUUGCGGCAAUUUCUGGGCAUCAACGCAUUCAUCUACUACACAGUUGACAUCUUCCAACAAGCUGGCAGCUCACUAUCGCCAGAGAUGGCCACCUUGGUGGUUGGAAUCGUUCAGCUGGUGGCGACGGCGCUGGCCGGGGCGGUGGUGGAGCGCGCGGGCCGGCGGCCGCUGCUGCUGGCGUCCGGCGCCACGGCGGCGCUCAGCCACGCGGCGCUCGCCCUCUCCGCGUCGCCGUGGGCGGCGGGCGCCACCUGGCUGCCCCUGCUCGCCAUCAACGUCUUCUUCGUCGCCUUCGCGGCCGGCUUCGGCUCGCUGCCCUGGUUCAUCACGGCCGAGGUGGUGCCCACGCCGGACGCCGCCUGGAUGAGCGGGCUCGCCGUCGCGUCCAACUGGUCGCUCAUCUUCACCGUCACCAAGGUGUUCCCGGAGAGCGUGGCCAAGCUGGGCCGCCAGAUGACGUUCGCGCUGCUCAGUGUGCUGAGCGCGGUGACGACGCUCUUCGCGCUGCUGUUCGUCCCCGAGACGCGGGGGAAGCCCCGGGACGCCAUCCAGAGGGAGCUGCUGGAGGAGAGCGUGUUCGUGCUGCCCUGCUGCGCGCGCAGCCGCCAGCGCGUCAAGCCGACCGAACGCGCAGGCGCCGGGGAGCAGCAGCCGCUGGCCGACUACGGCGCCUCUGUCGUCCCUCCUCGGUACUCGUAGGAGCGGAACGAAGAGGACUUCACACAGAGCCCUGUUCACAGCUAGCUGUAUUGUCGUGCUCUUUUCUAGUUGGUACCAUAAUCAGCCUGUAAGAUAUACCGUACCGAGCACUGCUAAACAACAUUAUUCUUGCCGCAUCUCAGAGACAAGAGGCAGACUUGGGAGUUUCAGACGCAGAUGGGUAACUGAGGCCGCUGUGUUUCUUCGUGUUAUCACUUUAAAGACAAUAUUUUUCCUGUGUACUUGUGGAAAAGACUAUUGUUACAUACAGUGUGUGUGGACGAAGAACGUGAUGUCUGUAAAAGUUCAAUCGUCAGUAAAUUACGCCAUGUCAGCUCCCCUUUCCCUAAUUUCAUACAAAGAGUGCAUACUGAAUGUCGCCGAAUGAUCUCACUUUCAAACCAUGCCAUAAAAUUAUCCUCAUUAAGACGUGGUACAUUAAAGUAUUUUUGUCUGACAAAUAAAA